AUGGGGGACAACCAGGGGUUGGUAAAGGCGUUGGAGAAGCUAGCUGAGCUCAUCACUGUCAAGGCAGAGGGUGUGGCUUCCCCAGGUGCGCUUGUUCCUCAGCCUGAGGUGAUACAGAAAAUAGAACUGAUGCCAAAUGAAAUCAAGAUGGAAGGGGUCACAAACUACCUAAGCUGGUCCAGAAGGGCAUUGCUAAUAUUGAGGACAAAGGGGCUGGAAGGCUAUGUCAGAGGGGAAGUAGAUGAACCGGCCAACAGGGCAAGUGAAGAGUGGAAGAAGUGGAGUGUCAUUGACUCUCUGGUGGUGGCAUGGCUGCUGAACUCCUUGACCCCAUCCAUUGCAGAAGCCGUGGAGACUCUUCCCCAUGCAGCAAAGGUAUGGAAAACCCUGGAAACAUUGUACUCCGGGAAAGGGAACAUAAUGCUUAUGGCGCAGAUUGAGGAUAGAGUAAAUGAGCUAAAACAAGGGGAUAAGUCGGUGAUGGAGUAUGUAGCAGAAUUGCAGCAUUUGUGGGCUGACUUAGACCACUAUGAUCCACUGGAGUUACCACAUUCAGAAUGUAUAGUUGCUACUAAGAAGUGGGUAGAGCGUAGGAGAGUGAUGAAAUUCUUGAAGGGACUUAGCUCAGAAUUUGAAGGAAGGCGUGCUGGGUUGUUUCAUCAGCCAAAGCUCCCCUCGCUUGAGGAGGCAGUUGCAGCAAUGGCACAGGAGGAGGUCAGGUUGAAGUUGACCAGGACUGGAGAAGCGAAUGCAUCUCGCUCAGCAUUUACUGUGUCUGAAUGGAAGGAGACAAGAGAGUGCUUCAACUGUGGAGAGAAAGGUCACAUAAGCAUCAAUUGCACAGCACAACGCAGAGAAAUACGUGGUAGGGGAAGAGGUUACAGCCGAGGUGGAUACGGGGAGUUAGAGGCAGAGGUAACUUGA